CGAGCCAUCCAAAGAAACACUAAGCUCUCUGGGCCUGGCUUCCCAGGGAAGGGGCCACAGCUGGGAUGGACCCUGCGGAGCCGGAUGGCGGCAGCCGAGGUGGAGAGAGCAGGCCCCGCUCCCAGCGACCACACAGGAACUUUGACCGAGGGGCCUGUCACUGGGGGUCCAGCCGCUGCUUCGCUCAGGACCGGAAGGCAUCCCAGGUCUGCAGAUAUUUCCAGCGAGGCUUCUGCUUCCAUGGAGAUGGAUGCAGCUACCAGCACUUGCAGCCUCCCCGCCACCUUGAGUGGGGCCGCCGCCAUUCGGAGCCACACAUCACCCUGUCAGGCCCCCUGCAGGGACUGACCCGCAGGGGCUCCGAGCCCUCCUACCUGCCCUCUGUGACUGUCGGAUGGGGUUGGGCCGGGGCCUACCAGGGCAUGGAGCCUGGCCUGGAGGAUUUGUUCAGCAAGACUGAGGACAUUGGUGGCAGCUCCUGGAAGUCCCUGUCCCUAUCAUCUGCUGAUGGUGAUCACAGCUACUUCCCGAAGUCUCGGCCUAUGUCAGACCCUGUCCAGGAGCUCCUGGCCCCACUUCAGAGCCUGGACCUUGAGGUGCAGCAGAGGGUGCAGGACAGUUGGGACAUCGUGUGUGGCAUCUGCAUGGACAAGGUGUGGACUAAGCCAGAGGCCGAGCGGAUUUUUGGCAUCCUGCCCAACUGCAGCCAUCCCCACUGCCUGGGCUGCCUGCGCACCUGGCGGAAGAGCCGAGGGGACUUCCCGCUGGGUGUCAUCAAGGCCUGUCCCCAGUGCCGUGUCCCUUCCAGCUACAUCAUCCCCUGCAAAUUCUGGGUGAGCAAGGGGCCUGAGAAGGAGCAACUCAUCAGGAACUUCAAGGCUCGGACCAGCCAGAUUCGAUGCCGGUUCUUCAUGCGGGGGAAUGGCCGCUGCCCCUUCAAGUCGGACUGCAUUUACCUGCAUCAGCUCCCAGAUAAGGCCCCGAGUUCUGAUCUUCCCUGGCCCGGGAGUAUGCAGCUGGCCUCUGUGGUGGGCAAAACAGCGUUCCUAGGGGGCACCGAGCCAGAGGAGGAAGUGUUCUUCAUGAACUGUGCCCUGACCAUGGCCUUCUGGGGUUCAGAACUCUUCCUGGACCCCAACAGUUCUUACCACUGCCUCCUGUAA